AUGGGUAUCAAAGGACUUCACGGUCUCCUGAAAUCUAUUCAAAAGCCAUGUCAUCUCAAGAAGUUCGCUGGCCAGACUCUCGCGGUGGACGCCUAUGGCUGGCUGCACCGUGGUACAGUUGCUUGUUCCGUGGAUCUGGUCUUGGAUAGGCCAACAAGGAAACAUAUUGAUUUUGUUCUUCAUCGAGUCCGUAUGCUCUUGUACUUCGGAGUAGUACCCUACCUCGUCUUCGAUGGCGAUGACCUUCCCAGCAAAGCGGCGACCGAAGCCGAUCGACAUCGUCGCCGACAAGAAAGUAAAGCCCUGGGAUUAGAACUACAACGGAAAGGCAGAAUCCCGGAGGCCUACCAGGAGUUCCAGAAAGCUGUCGACGUCACGCCCUACAUGGCUCGCCAACUGAUUGAGGAAUUGAAGAAAAUGAAUGUACAGUACGUGGUGGCACCAUAUGAGGCGGAUCCUCAGAUGGUGUACCUCGAACAACAGGGAAUUGUACAUGGUAUCAUUUCCGAGGACUCGGAUUUGCUAGUAUUUGGUGCGAAGCGCUUGCUAUCGAAAUUGGAUCAGCAUGGCGAGUGCAUUGAAAUCAAUCGAGCAGACUUUACUGCUUGUCGAGAAGUGAGCCUGGUGGGAUGGAGUGAUGCCGACUUUCGUCGAAUGUGCAUUCUGAGCGGGUGUGAUUAUUUGGCCAAUAUUCCGAAAAUGGGAUUGAAGACGGCAUACCGCAGCAUUCGCAAGCAUCGGACUGUGGAGAAAGCGUUGCGGAUGCUUCAAUUUGAUGGCCAGUUCAAGGUCCCAGCUGAUUACCUGAAAGAUUUCAAGCAGGCCGAGGAUACCUUCCUUUACCAGCGUGUUUUUUGUCCCAAGGCCAAAAAGCUGAUCCCUUUAACACCUCCCGAGGAGGGAGUAAAUCUCGAGGAAAUGCCCUUUGUUGGGGCUGAUGUGGACCCAGAAACUGCGGCUGGGGUCGCUUCCGGGGAUCUAGACCCGACGACCAAGGAGCCCAUUGAGAUGAAACCGCUGGUUGCAGGUAAAGUUCCCCUGGGUUUAAGUCGCCGUCAAACUUUGGGGUCGUCUUCAGAGCUGAAGCCCAGCAAGCCCAUCAACUCGUUCUUCACUCCGAAGCGCAAGCCUCUGGCCGAGUUGGAUCCGAACAGCUUGACUCCCUCACCAAGUCAGCAGAGACUGCUGGAGCGGAAUGCGAACAACUCCUGGCAACCCAACUCGGUGCCCUUACGCUCUAACACUGUUAGGGCAACUCCGGUUCGAGCGUUCUCUGACCAAGGUCUCAGCCCCAUGAUUCGCAGUGUUGGGCGAAAUACAGUCUUAGCUCAGAAUUCCCGGGCACCAAACCUGCAACCGACGAAGAGACAGAGACUUUGCUCUGAAGCCGAGGAUGAUUCGCUACCUGCUUGCCCAAGCAUUCAAAGUCGGUUCUUUGCUACUACUGAACAAGUAAGCCCUAGUGGACAGAAAGUGUCUCGGAGUAAAAAGGCACGCCAAUCGAUGAUGGACGUCUUUUCGGAUGAGGUCGCGGAAGAUAUUUUCUCACGAAUCUCUGACCCUGUUUUGAAAGGGAAAACUACGCUAGAUCAGGGAGACAGCAAUCAUGAGAAUACCCCUUCGAGGGUGAAGAGCGAGGUGGAAGUUGAUGCUGUGGCCAUUCCUGAUCCAAAGACGGACGACGAGCAGGCCCCAACAGAUAAUUCAGCGCCAGAGUCCGAAUUAUUGUCUGCGGAUAACGAGUUCAACCAAGCUCUCGGAUAUCAUGUGCAGCGACAGAACUCGACCAUUUCGGGAUUCACGUUCAGGUCUGGAUCUAAGCCAGCUUCUCCUGUUCAGCGCUCUCCUAUGAGUAGGAUUCCAGUGAUUCAGACCAGUCAAAGGGAAGCGUUUCUCUCGUCUCCUCGGACACCCGUGAUCAACUCUCGAAACAAAUCUCCUCAGCGGCAGCGCCUCACUCCGCUGCAGCGGAUGGGCCAAGCAGCUCUUCACCGCUCGCGUAGCAUCAACUUCCCCACCUCUCUCCGACAUGCGGACUCUUCAGAGUCUCAGUCUGACGAAGCACCAGUCACUACCCAGACUAACACGCCCCAAGGUAGUGAAGAUUUCCUUGUCCCGGAUAGCGAUGAUUCGGAAGAAGAAAUUUCUACUAGCUUUGGACAGACCCCAACGUUGGAUUUAAAGCGGUUUUCGUUUGCCGCUAAAUAA